CACGUCUGCUGUUUUAUCUUCUCAGGCGCUGGCUGGGCGUGUGCUGGGCGUGCGGGCAGGACACCCACGGGCAGCGAGACCCAGUCAGCCAGUUCCAGCUCACGUUACUUGCUCCUUAGCGGGGUUGUGGAAUUGGCUGCAAGCCCGACCCGAGUGGUUGAGUCUGGUCGCCGGCCCUGGCCCUCACCAAACUUCCUGCCCCAUCGCCUUCCACCUCACUUUUUACAAACCCUUCCAAUAUCUCCACCCGCAUCGCAUCGUCCUCCGUUCCACGACACAAACGUGUCUACUCGACUUCUUCCAUCUUCGACACCCUCGCAAUAUCUUCUUGCAGCCAACAAGAUGUCUGAAAUUCCCAAGAAACAGACGCAGACUGCCCCUACCCCCCAGAAUACACCCGCCAACAAUGCUCCCAUUUCAUCCCACGCCCAGCAGCCAGGUGUUGGCACGAUCAAGGAAGAGGAGCUCGACCGCGCGGCUGCAGCAUCCAUCUUCGCACAGAACCCCAAGCUUGUUCAGAUGAUUCAAGGCAAACUUGGUUCCCUCGUUGGCCGAUCAUCUGGCUACGUCGAGUCUCUUCCCGCUCCUGUGCGCCGUCGAGUUGCAGGUCUCAAGGGUGUCCAAAAGGAGCAUUCGAAGCUCGAGGCAGAAUUCCAGGAGGAGGUUUUGGAGCUGGAGAAGAAAUACUUUGCCAAAUUUACCCCGCUGUACCAAAAGCGAGCGACCAUUAUCAAUGGUGUUGCCGAGCCGACGGAGGCGGAGAUCAAGGCUGGCGAGGAGGACGAGGAGGUCGACGACGAGCCCGUUGAGAAGUCGGAGGAGGCAUCUGAUGUCAAGGGUAUUCCAGAGUUCUGGCUCUCCGCUAUGAAGAAUCAGGUUUCACUCGCAGAGAUGAUCACUGACCGCGAUGAGGCUGCUCUCAAGGAUCUGACUGAUGUCCGUAUGGAAUAUCUUGACAAGCCUGGUUUCCGUCUGAUCUUUGAGUUCGCCGAGAACGAGUUCUUUACCAACAAGAUCGUCACAAAGACCUACUUCUACCAAACCGAGAGCGGAUAUGGAGGAGAUUUCAUUUACGAUCAUGCUGAGGGUGAUAAGAUCGAUUGGAAGACCGGCAAAGACCUGACCGUACGCAUUGAGAGCAAGAAGCAACGCAACAAGAACACCAAGCAAACCCGAGUAGUCAAGAAGACUGUCCCAACGGAAUCCUUCUUCAACUUCUUCUCCCCACCGUUGGCGCCAACUGAGGAGGACGAUGAUGAUGCAGCUUCCGAUAUCGAGGAGCGCCUGGAGCUUGAUUAUCAACUUGGUGAGGAUAUAAAAGAGAAGCUUAUUCCUCGUGCUAUCGAUUGGUUUACCGGAGAGGCUCUUCAAUUUGAGGAGUUGGAUGAUGAUAUGGAGGAAGGUGAUUUCGAGGACGAGGAUGAUGAUGAGGAUGAUGCUAGUGAGGAUCACGAUGAUGAAGAGGAGUCGGACGAUGAUGUAAAGCCGACCUAUACUUCGGUAUGAGAGGACCUAAGUUGCUAACAAAUCCAUAGGACGAUGCUGCGAAGCCCAAGCAGGAGGCGGCUGAGUGCAAGCAAAGUUAAAUGGUGUAAUGCAUUCUUAUACCCAACAGCCACACCUUCGAACAGUCACUGUCUUCACCAUCAGCGCAUGCGACCAAGAUGCAUGGUCACGACCUAUGCUUUGGCGUAGAAUUCUCAGGAUCCAACACAUUGGUGGUCUUCACCUACAUGACGACACAACGUUUCUGUUUCUUCUAGACUACCGAACUACCCUAAUCAGCUCUCGAGAGUCUCUCCUUCUUCACAUUUGCUGCACUGCAUUACUUGGUCCAUACAGAUAUUUUCAGGGGCGUUCUUCGUAGAUGACA